AUGUCGAAAUCAAAGGCGUUCGACGACCUCGUCGGGAGCUCCCUGGACAAGCUCACGCUCGGGCAGACCGGGCGCGGCGGCAAGCCGAUGGCGGCGAUGACGCGCGCGGCGGGGCACAGGGGCUCGGCACCGGGCCUCAAGGAGCCCGGCGCCGGCGCGCGGAACACCGGACGCGAGAGCGCGACGGGGCAGUCGAAGCUCGGCGGGGACCCCUUCGGCGGGCUCGGGGACGCGCGCGCGAUGGGCCGCACGGGCGCGCGGGACGCGACGCAAGCCGAGGCGCGGCCCAGGGAGCGCAAUGGGUCCGUCUCCGAGCUCAAGUCGCAAGCGCACCGGAACAACAAGUCGACGGCCUUCAGCGCGGCGUCGAGCGUCGGGGACGGGCUGCACAUGGAGGGCGGCCUCGCCUCGGCCCCUGCGUCCCCGAUGCCUGCGGUGCAUCUGGGAGGCGCUGCCACGGGCCGCUCCGAGAACGGGAAGUCGCGGUUCCAUCAGAGCCACGACGACGACGACAUCUUCGGGCUCGGCGCCGCGGUCGGCGGCCCCGCCCAGCCCCACGCGGGCAGCAACGCGGCCAACGACGACCCCUUUGCGGGCCUCUCGGUGCCCGCCGCGCAGCAGGCCCCCGCGCAGGCGCCCGCGAACGACGAAUCCUGGGACGACCUCUUCGGCAAGCCGGCCCCCGCCGGCCAGCCCGCGCGGGAGCCGCGUCCCGACGCGCGCGCGGGCCCCACCCCGCCAGAUACGGGGAGCUACAGCCCCGCGCCGGGCGGGCGCGAGAUGCCGCGGAGCCCCUCCGAGCUCAGCGGGAGGGGCAUGGACCCGGACGUCGUGCCGGUGGAGGUCGGGCGCGGCGACCCCGGCCGCGGGCCCCAGGCGCGCAGCGGCGGCGACCGCCCCUCCAGCGGCCGCGCCGCGCGCCCCGGGAGCAGCGGAGCGGCGCGCCGCGCCCCCGAAAGCAGCCCGCAGCCCCAGGCGUCCUCCUCGUCGCGCGGGCUGAUGUCGAAUCUGGCCAGCUGGGGCAGGAAGGCCGCCGCGGAGGCACGCGCUGCAUACAGCGUGGCGCGGGAGCGCGCCCAGGAACUCACGCAGGAGGUGAAGCGGCGGGUGGAGCACAAGGUGGAGGAGCGCAACCAGCGGCGCGCGCGCACGCAGCGCGUGGUGAUGGACGUGGACCCGCGCCUGAUUGCCAUGGCGGCGUCGCUGCUCGACAUGGGCGACGCGGACCGCGCGGCGGCGCUGCAGGCGAUGCCCGAGGGCGACGCGGCGGUCGUGCAGCACAUCAUGGACCAGAUCGUGGUGUCCGGCGGGCAGGUGCCGAUCAGCGCGCAGGACCUGGAUGCGCACGGCGGGGACGGCGGCGACCCGCGGCCGCCGUCGUACGAGCAGGCCGUGCGGGACAGCCACGAGCAGCACCGGAGCCGCGCGUCGCACGAGAGCCGCCGCGACCACCACCGGCCGCAGCACGUGCGCGACAGCGGGCCGCAGCAGCAGCCCGACGGCGCCCGCCCACCCGCGCAGCACGCCCCCCCGCACCCGCGCGACCAGGAGCGCUCCAGCGCGCCGUCGACCCCGCAGCGCCCCUCGGCGGAUCACGCCCGCCAGCAACAGCCGCAGAAGCCGCGCCCCCCCGGCCCCGCGCCCACCAGCGCCCCCGCCGACGACCUCAUAGGCUUUUCCGGGCCAGCCGCGGCGCCGCACAAGCCCAAGCCCGCGGCGCCGGCGCAGCAGCCGGCCGCGGCGAGGCCCGCGGGGCAGGCUGGGAUGCCGUCGGGUCUGGGCGAGCUGUUCGGCGUGUCGGUGCCCACCUCGUCGGUGCAGGUCGACGACGAGGAGGGCCCCGCGGACCCCAACGAGCCCGAGGACCGCAAGCGCCUCCGCCAGGAGCGGCUGGCGAAGAAGCGCGCGCAGAUGGAGGCGGCGCUGCGCGAGAAGCAGGAGCGCGACAUGCGCGAGGCGGUGCUGCAGGCGGAGAAGCACGACCGCAAGGAGGUGCACCUGCAGAAGGUCACUGCGUGGUCCAAGAAGGGCAAGGGGAACGUGCGCGCGCUCCUCGCGAGCCUGCAGGACGUGGUGUGGGAGGGCGCCAACUGGAAGCCGCUGUCGAUCACGGAGCUCGUGGACGAUGCCAAGUUGAAGAAGGGGUACCAGAAGGCGCUGCUGAUCGUGCACCCGGACAAGGUCAAGAUGCGCGGCGGGAACGUCGACCAGAUUGUCCUGGCAGACAUGAUCUUCGACGUGCUCAAAACCGCGUGGGGGAAACACAGCGCGAAGUGA